ACUUUCAAGUCUAGCCAAAAUAUAGGGAAGAUGGAUGUUCUUAAAUCAGCUCGUCGGUCUGUAGAUUACCAUCCAAGUGUUUGGGGUGACUAUUUCCUCGCAUAUGAUUCUUCAUCUACGGAGAUUGAUCGUCAUGAGGAAGAAGAAGUUGAAUGGCUUAGAAAUGAGGUGAGGAAGAUGCUACUAGCAUCGACACGAAAAUUAGAGCUCAUUGAUAUGGUGCAACGAUUAGGAGUGUCAUAUCAUUUUGAAACCGAUAUUGAGGAAUCACUUAAAAACAUCUACAACAAUAGUUGCAGUCAAUUUGAUAAGCUUGAGACUGUUGCUCUUCAAUUUCGAUUAUUAAGACAAGCUGGAUAUAAUGUCUCAUGCGAUGUCUUCGAAACAUUUAAAGAUGAUGAAGGGAAUUUUAAGGAAGCAUUGGUUAGCGACGUUAAAGGAAUUUUGAGCUUGUAUGAAGCAGCACAUCUCGGAGUUGGUGGAGAGAAUAUUUUAGAGGAAGCAUUAACUUUCACUACCAAGUGCCUUAAAUCCAUGGUGCCUAACUUAAGUGGAUAUUUUGUUAAACAAGUAAUUCAUGCCUUAAAGAUGCCAAUUCGCAGAACCUUAGCAAGAGUAGCAACAAGGCAGUACAUAAAUAUUUAUCAAGACAAUCCUGAACAUAAUAAAGUACUGUUACAAUUUGCACGACUAGACUUCAACAUGUUGCAGAAGGUACAUCAGAAAGAGCUAAGUGGUAUUACAAGGUGGUGGAAAGAUUUGGACGUUGAAAGAAAUUUCUCAUUUGCUCGAAAUCGUCUGGUAGAAGCCUAUUUUUGGAUAUUAGGAGUGUACUUUGAGCCUCGAUAUUAUAUUGCGCGAAGAUUCACAACCAAAGUAAUCUCCCUUGCCUCCAUAUUAGACGAUUUGUACGAUGUGUAUGGAACACUCGAUGAACUUGAAAUGUUCACGGAUGCCAUUCAAAGAUGGGACAUAAAUGCAUCACAGCAGCUACCUCCAUGCCUUAAGCUCCUAUACCAUUAUCUUUUUAAUACUUAUGCUGAAAUGGAAGAGUUGUUGGCAAAGGAAAACAAAUCCUACCGAAUUCUCUAUGCAAAAGCUGAGCUUAAGAAAGUAGUGAAAGCAUAUUAUCAAGAGUUCAAGUGGUAUCAUGCUGGAUAUGUUCCAACAUUUGAGGAGUAUCUGAAAGUUGCACUGGUAACUUCAUGUCAUAUGAUGCUUUCCACAACUUCUUUGGUUGGUAUGGGAGAACUAGUCACUAAGGAGAACUUUGAGUGGGUUACAAGUGAACCUUCAAUGGUAAAAGCUUCAUGUGUAGUUUGUCGAUUGAUGGAUGACAGGAUUGGACAUAAGUUUGAACAAGAGAGAGGGCAUGUAGCAUCAGCAGUUGAAAGCUAUACAAAGGAGUUUGGUUGUUCAAAUCAAGAGGCUUAUGUGAAUUUGGAGAAACUUGUAGCCAAUGCAUGGAAAGACAUAAAUGAAAAUUGCCUUUAUCCGAUGCCUGCACCCACGCCUAUCCUUGUGCGAGUACUCAAUUUAACCCGUGCCAUUAAUCUCCUCUACAAGGAUGAAGAUAUAUAUACAAACUCCAAAACCAAGCUAAAGGAUAUCAUUCAUAAAGUAUUAGUCCAACCAUUAUAAAUAUGAUUUUCCAUUAUGCAUGUAUGUAGUUUCGUCGUGUAUCAUUAAAAAGUACAAUGAUGUUUUAAUAAUUAUGUACGGAUAUUACAUUUCAGUUUUUAUUUCUAGUCGACAUAAAUUUGAAAGUUUUAAACUUUUUUUGGG